AUGGAAAAAAUAAAUCAAACUCCAAAAAAGCAUAAAAUUAUUGAACCGAAUAGAAAAGGUUAUUCAAUUGUUGGCAAAAAUACUGGUAAACCAAAUAAAAUUUAUUUUGAAACAUUUGGUAAUGGUCCAAAGAAAAUUUUAUUUAUUACUGGAUUUUUAUCAUCAUCUAAAGGUUGGUGUAAACAAAUUGAUUAUUUCACAAAUAAAAAGGAUCAAUAUGAAAUUUGUGUUUUUGAUAAUAGAGGUAUUGGAAAAUCAAAUAUUGAUUCAAAAUAUUCAUAUAAUUUUUCAACAAAAUCUAUGGCAAUGGAUGCAAUUGAUCUGUUGGAAGACACAUUAAAAUGGGAUAAAGUUCAUAUUUGUGGCUUGUCAAUGGGUGGUAUGGCAUCAAUUCAUCUAUCUUCAAUUAUACCUGAAAAAGUACAAUCUCUAGUUAUUGCAUGUGUUCCAAAUGGAUAUUUUUUACCAUUCUUUUCAAUGGGUGUAUUCAAUUAUAUCCGUGCUUUUUUCUUCACAUUUAAUGAAAAGAAAAAGGCAAGAAUAUUUCAAUCAUUAAUGUACUCUGAUAAUUAUUUAGAUGAGAAAACCAAUGGAUCAGAUGAGACUAGAAGUGAACAAAUGUUUAAAAAGAAUUCAACCGGAUUUAAAGAUGAUGGUCCUUCUUUUUUAACUAUUUUGGGUCACCAAAUUGGUUACAUUACCAAUAGAUUCUCAAAGAAAUCAUUGGAAGUUAUUAAAAAAUAUUCAAUUCCAACCAUUGUAAUAAAUUCUAAAAAAGAUUCGUUGGUCACUAUUGAUAUUACAAAAAAACAAAUUGUUAAUCCAUUGAAGCCAUUAAAUUUUCAUGUUAUUGAAGGUGGUCAUUUAAGUCAACUUGAAAAUCCAACUUUUUUUAAUAAAUUAGUUGAAAAUCAUGUUGAUAAACAUUCAAAUUGGGAUCAUUCAACUUUUUUUCAAGUUGAAAAACAACAAUUUCAACGUCAAUCAUUUAUGACACAAAAUAUAUUAUACUCAAAGAACUAUUUAUCAUCAAAUACAUUAUCAUCAUCAUUUUUAAAUUGUAAUACAUUAAGAUCUUUUUUCAAUAAAAUUAAAGUUUAA